GUAGAAACCGGUCCAUUGACAGCCUUAGGUAAAAUUACAUUUCAGUGGAAUAGAAAAUCGUGUUGUAGUACUUUGUUUCAGCGAGUUUUGUUUUGUCUCGUAAGCGUUUCCAAAAACCAUACAAUGCGAAAAAUUAUUGAUUUAGUUUAUGAUGUAGCUAUGAUUUUUUACUACGUCAUUAAAGCAAUUUUAGUGCCUUGGAUUCCCAUCAAGUAUCGUUCUAAAGAUAUUUCUGGUCAAAUUGCUCUUGUCACGGGAGCCGGUGGCGGAAUUGGUCGACUUUUAGCCGUUGGUCUAUCAAAAGAGGGAUGUAAAGUUGUGUGCUGGGAUGUAGCCAAGCAAGCGAAUGAGGAGACCGUUCGAUUGAUUCAAAAGUCAAAAGGACAAGCGUAUGCCUAUCAAGUUGAUUUGAGUAAACGUGAAGAGGUUUAUCAAAUGGCCCAGCGCGUGAAACGGGAAGUUGGAAUAGUUUCUAUUUUGGUGAAUAACGCUGGUGUAGUUUCGGGUAAAGUUCUUCUUGAUUGCUCGGACGAACAGAUCCAGCGGACUUUUGAUGUUAACGUCCUAGCUCAUUUUUGGACAGUCAAAAGUUUCCUACCUGACAUGAUUGAGCAAGAUUUGGGCCACAUUGUUACCGUGGCCAGUUUAGCUGGUCUUAACGGAACUGACCGAUUGGUGGAUUACUGUUCUUCCAAAUUCGCAGCUGUUGGAUUCGACGAAUCGCUCCGAACGGAACUGGCUGUGUAUGGACGGAAAGGAAUCAAAACGACGGUCGUAUGUCCUUACCUCGUCAACACUCCACUUUUUGCGGGUGCCAAAUCAAAGGUUGUACCCGCUUUGGAACCGGAAGACGUUGCGCAAGCAGUUAUCAAUUCCAUUUUAACAGACGAAGAAGUGUGCGUCGUUCCGCGCUAUGCCUCAUUUUUAACGACGUUAAGAAAAAUGUUUCCAGUGAAUGCCCAGCUCGUUGCUCACCGCGCACUGAGAUUGGGGGAAGUGAUGAACACUUUUGAAGUGGCCAAACCAAAACACAACUGAAAAUACGUUUAUGCAAUUCAUUAGUGAUUUCUCCAACAAGUCAAUCGAUUACAGAUCAAAAGUUAUAGCGCGACUUCAGAGCAGCAUUAUUUGCCUGUACACAUGAUUAUUGGACGUUAUUGGACCGUACUUUUUAGUGUCCCAUUUGUCAACUAUUUCUAACAAGGAGUUUCCUAUUUAAUCCAAAAACUACAGACUAGGAAGCAGGGAAUUAGUGCUCGUUCGGAAAUCCCUUGAUGGAGGAAGGAGUUUAUAAAAAAAUCGAUAAGAUUUCAUAAGACGCUAACCAUGGGGCAUCAGGGAAAUAUGUUGGGCUUCAUAUUUUUGAAGAAGGGAGUUGUGUUUCGAUGGGUUUCGUAUUGUAAGGAUUGCACAUGCGCAGCUGUAUUUUAUUCAUGUGCUCGGACUCAAGGACAUCUUAUAGCAUUCGAUAAUGCUCGAGAUAAUUUCAGCCAAAGUUCAACAAACAGUGAUGCAUGGAGUUCAAAAGGAUAUCUACGGGUAGAAUUUCAGUGGAGCAGAAAAAUCUUGUUGUAUACACUGUCUUGGCGAGCCUUGUCUAGUGAGCAACGACAGUUCCGAAUA